GAGGGUGGGUGACUGGUUGACUGCUUUGGAAUCCAGAACCAUGACUGAAAGCAAAGAAGUGGAGUGGGAGGGACAUGGCAAGCACAGGAAGCAAACAGCAUGGAGUGAGAGAGGGACUGAGUGCGUUGUGAGCUGCUAUAAAAGAGAGUGCUGGAGCACUGGCUUCAGCAGACAGAGAUUCACACACUGAAGGCAAGAUACAUCCACUGAAACUGAAGCAUUCACACUGAGGGGCGAGGAGCAGAGAUCAGAUCAGUUUAUUAACACUUGUUUCUUAAAUACUGGUGAUCUUCAGUGUACCUGGACUUUUUUGGCUUUACUUUGGACUCUUGCUGUGUUUAUCCUGAAAUACUUUCUGGACAAGACACCUGAAAGAGCAGGGAAAGUCUGUGACUAAGAGCAGUUAUCAGUCUUUUUUUGGCUGCUUUCAAAGCUGGUGUUACACUUAAUUUAAAGACAAUUUCAUUUCAUUACUUGGCUUUUUUUGACAAAUGGCUGCUGUGCGUCAGAUGGUAAUGGAAACCUCGGGCUUCCAUGUCUUACCUGCCCACCUUAUGGCCUCUGCCAUGGAGGAGUUUCCCCAGCAGCUGCCGGUCCCUAAGGGCCCUGCAAAGGGCAAGAGCCGUUCCCGCCGACCUCGUGAGGCCCGCUUCAAAACACAGCCUGUUACCUUUGCUGAGAUUGCAGAAGUAGAAGAAGAGGGUUCCUCACCGCUGGAGGAGGAGAGGGCACGUCGAUCCUUCCUUCAGUCCCUGGAGAACCUGCGGCGGAGCACACAGACCCUCCACUGCCCACCGGCUGCCCAUCACAGCAGCACCCCCACACCCACACAGGCCAGCCUGGACUCCAGUGACUCUGACUCCACCCAGUGAGGAAUGGAACCUCUUCCUUGCACCUAUGUUCCUCUCUUCACCUUGACGCCGCUUCAAAUGGAGGCCAACUGAAAUGAACCAAACUGGCCUAUUUGCCAGCGUGUGUGUGUGUGUGUGUAAGCUGCUGCUUUCAUACAAAAGUCUGCAUUUUAUAAAUACUUGUACUAACAUAUCAACAGUAUAUAGUCUGAAGAUGCACCUGAAGGAUAUCUGUAAAGAUCUGGUUAUACUGAUGCAGUUUAAUGAGUGUAAAAGGUAGCAGAUGACGCAGUGUUGAACACACCACUCUUCAUACGUAUUCCUUUUUCUACUAUCUAAUGUGUAUGAGGAAAACUUGAAAGAUGGUUUUAAUAUUUUUCCACUUUAAAGAUGUAUACAUAUUUUUGUUUCAAUUUAAGAUGUUUCUACUUGACCAGUCAAUAUAAAAAGGACUGUAAAAAAUGUUAGUAUUGUGACUUACCACACCAUAAAUGCUAUGAUUGAAGUACUGAGCAUCAAUAGUGACCUGGUUGUCACUGAAGCAGAAGAGUACUGUUACAAAGAGUUUUUUUCCAGCCUUACAUUGAUUGAAAUCGCUCUUCUUGCUUCAGCUCCUGAGAAAAUGAUGCCUUUCUAAAUAUCUUUAUUUAUUCUCUUAUUUUAUUCAUGUUGGAAUCAUAGAUGUGGUAUUUCAUUUGGUCUUUCACAUGGUUUCCAAAGUUCUGACUUUCAAAGAAAAUCAUAACCUUUAUACUUUAUGUUUGUUUUACUUCGUACAAAUAUGUUACAAUGUUUGUGAUAUGAUCUUUAAUAAAUAUUUUGAAAUUACUUGA